AUGUUGUAUGUUGUUGUUCUACUGCCCCUGCUCCAGAUGUUGUAUGUUGUUGUUCUACUGCCCCGUCUCCAGAUGUUGUAUGUUGUUGUUCUACUGCCCCUGCUCCAGAUGUUGUAUGUUGUUGUUCUACUGCACCUGCUCCAGAUGUUGUAUGUUGUUGUUCUACUGCCCCGUCUCCAGAUGUUGUAUGUUGUUGUUCUACUGCCCCUGCUCCAGAUGUUGUAUGUUGUUGUUCUACUGCCCCUGCUCCAGAUGUUGUAUGUUGUUGUUCUACUGCCCCUGCUCCAGAUGUUGUAUGUUGUUGUUCUACUGCCCCUGCUCCAGAUGUUGUAUGUUGUUGUUCUACUGCCCCUGCUCCAGAUGUUGUAUGUUGUUGUUCUACUGCACCUGCUCCAGAUGUUGUAUGUUGUUGUUCUACUGCCCCUGCUCCAGAUGUUGUAUGUUGUUGUUCUACUGCCCCUGCUCCAGAUGUUGUAUGUUGUUGUUCUACUGCCCCUGCUCCAGAUGUUGUAUGUUGUUGUUCUACUGCCCCUGCUCCAGAUGUUGUAUGUUGUUGUUCUACUGCACCUGCUCCAGAUGUUGUAUGUUGUUGUUCUACUGCCCCGUCUCCAGAUGUUGUAUGUUGUUGUUCUACUGCCCCUGCUCCAGAUGUUGUAUGUUGUUGUUCUACUGCCCCUGCUCCAGAUGUUGUAUGUUGUUGUUCUACUGCCCCUGCUCCAGAUGUUGUAUGUUGUUGUUCUACUGCCCCUGCUCCAGAUGUUGUAUGUUGUUGUUCUACUGCCCCUGCUCCAGAUGUUGUAUGUUGUUGUUCUACUGCCCCUGCUCCAGAUGUUGUAUGUUGUUGUUCUACUGCCCCUGCUCCAGAUGUUGUAUGUUGUUGUUCUACUGCCCCUGCUCCAGAUGUUGUAUGUUGUUGUUCUACUGCCCCUGCUCCAGAUGUUGUAUGUUGUUAACCUUGUGCAACAAUCUGAGAAGCACGGAGGAACAUUUACAACUGCAACACUGUUACGACAUUAA